AUGUCCUCAUUUUAUGCAGGCCGAACACACCUACAAGUUCGACGUCAAGGUAGCCUCGAAGCGGUGGUAAUUCCCGGUUUCCCUCAUCCGCGAUUACAGAUGACAUGCUCUGGCUGCUCUGGGGCUGUCACGCGCGUCCUCGAGAAGGCCAAGACGGAUGGCGUCAGCGAGUACACCGUCAACCUCGAGACCCAAGAGGUCCUCGUCAAAGGCACCAUCCCGUACGAAGACGUUCUUGCCCGAAUCAAGAAGACUGGCAAGGAGGUGAGCGACUUGAGUUGA